AUGUUUGCUGCAAAAUCACCGCCGAAAGGGAAAAACAAGGAAGAAUGGCACAUGGGCUGGUGGGAUUUUCAGCCACUGGUCGAGAAGCUUACCCCAAGACGCGCAGAAUGGUCGAAUUCUUCUGUCAUUUUUACUCCGCAUCCAACUCAACCAACGAUUCUCGCGCGUCAUUUCUCGUCAUCCAAGCAGUUCAACAUUCCUUCGCCGGCACCGAUUCUCGCAGCUUUGACGGACUUUGACCCUCCGACUAUCAUCUCGGCCUCUCCCAACGACGACUGGCUGUUCGCGUACUUUCCAGGACGAGGGGUCCCUGGUGCUGGGUGUCUCUGGUUUCGUGGUCCUGAGAUUGAUAACUGGAUACUCAAGGACUACUGGACGCCGCCACUGGGUGCUGGGGUUGUCACAGCAAGUUGGUUGGGCGCACCGCGUGAAUGGACCGCUGAUGAACAUGGAUCGUUUCUUCGUCUUCCUACUCGUGGCCCAAAAACUCCGGUAUCCUAUCCCACUUUGGCGCUUGUCACACAGAACCAUCAAUUGACUUUGUGUUACGUGCGAAAUUAUAUCCCUUCUCUCAAGAUGUUUUCCACUCCUCUGAAUCAGUAUAGCCUUGUCAACGAGAAUUCAUCCAUGCCGACACCUGAAGCUACUGACAACGGUGGCCUUUUGAGACUGUGUGUCACGGCAGCGAUCGGUCUCGGAUAUGACGGCGCAACUCCGGAUACCGAUCAAUUUGACAUGAAUAUGUCCCUUGAUUUUGGCCAGUCAAAUGCUGAAUCUACAACGCAUUCUGAAGAGAUAUAUGGCGAAGAAUCUAUCAUUGAAGUUUCUGAGGUCCGUCUCCAGUUUGACGGCAUCAUGAUGCGUCUAUCGACGCAACCACUGCUUCCUAUACAAAACUGGGAAUCACAGCUCACCAAUCUUGUCUUCGUGUGCAAAACCCCGUCUGCCCCUGAGCUAGGAGUUGCCCAAAAUGAAACCAAGGCUGCUAUGUACUUGGUAGCUAGUUUUUUGGAUUUUGGUGACUACUCGAAUUUGCCUCAGUCCAAAAUAGUAUGCUACUCUAUGUUGCGUCAUGCUACACCCGAUACCAAGCAAUCCGCAUGGUCAUGUCACCAGGCCGGUACAAGGACGUAUACGGAUGGCGUUCUGGGCUUUCUCGUUCCUACCAAGCCGUUGCAAGGUGUCGAUGCUAGUUUACUCGUCGGCAUACUAGAUACGUCAGGAUCCUUCCUUGCUGGGAAGACCAAAGACAAAGAGGUGCGAAUCGGUAUGACUACAAUUCUGGAGAUUCCCACAUUGUUUGAAUACGAUAAAGAAUGGGAACCCUCUCCCAUUUUCACGUCGGCUACCAAGGUUGGAAAAGAAGUCCCGAUCCAUGCCGUUCUCUCGCCCAACGAGAUGUUGCUAUGCACCGUUUCAUCAAUGGUAAGGGCUACACAAACCUCUGUACAUACGGUCCCGAUACGUCGCGCAUCGAGAGCAUUCAAGGCUGGAUUUCCAUCUAUUCUUCCACUAUCUUCCGGUCUUGCCUCGGCAAUUCUAUCACGAAGAAGUACAGCAGAUUUCACACACUUACUUUCCCUUUCGACAAUGCCGAUGGAAGAAGUUAGCCACAUCUUAUUUCAGGUGUUGACUAUCGUGGAAACACAGUCACGCAGAAAGCUGGGUACGCUGACUUGGCAGACUUUGGGUGUUGCUUUGGAGAUUUAUAGGUUCGUAAUUCAGCGACUGCUUCGAAGUUUACGGGCAAAGGACGAAAAUGCCAGGGAUAAUUUGAAUGCACGUUGGCAAACUGCGCACGACCUGUGCUCACUGGCAGCUUGCAAUGCCGCAUUUGAAGACUGUAAGGACAACGACGGGCCUGAUUUUCGCGCUGUUUGGCAAUUUAUAGGAAUCUGUGGAUGGGUUGUAAACUUCAUUGAGAAAGUCAUGAAAGAAGUCAUGUUAAUCAAUUCAACAAGCAAACCAUCGAGCGAAACCGAUGAUCUCUUCGAUGCAGAAUCUCCUGUUUCAACCGACCACUACGAGGUUCCCUGCCUUCUUCACAUUGUGCAUCCUCGUGCACUAGUGAAUUUGAAACAAGCGUUAAGCAAUGUUCGUAGUUUCCGGAGCAGCCUUGGUUCAAUCACGGCACGGGGUGAGAACUCCCAGAUUGCCAAAGAUGUCCUGGUUGAUCUGGUUGAUUGUUCGGGCGUUGAUCUCAACGCUUUGGAUCCCUUAUUGGAUGAGUUCAUACUGAAGUCAAAGGAUAUUGAAGUUGAAGAGACACGACGAAGUUUCGCUUCAUGCGAGCCUACGAUCUCAAUGGAGCCUCAAUUACAAGCAAAUGUUAGACGGUUAUGCGAGUCGGGAGUUAUUUCAAAAUCACGACUAUACAUCAAGCCUCACGAGUUGAUAGACGGAUUCGAGAAUCUCAGCUUGGAAGGUCCUCGGAAGGAGCAGGAUAAAGAUGUCGUCUCGAAAGGAGUGCUUAUGAAGAGGCAACUUUGUGUGCAAUGUCUUCGAUGUGAUGGUCUCUCAGAAGCUGCAAAAGAUGCGCCGAGGUCUGCAAAGGAUGCACAGAGGUCUGGAGCUAGUUCCUCUGAUCGUUGGAGAACCUGGGAGAGGAAAUGGGUACCUGGGUGCGUUUGCGGGGGUUCAUGGUUAACAGCAAAAACAUGA